AUGACUACAGACAACGAUGCCACGGUGGUUUCAAUAUUGCAACAACGUUGCAGCCUGUUGGACAGUAAACUGAGAAAUUUCAAUCUCGUAAGCAAAGCACUUCAGGCGAAGACUUAUCAGUUACUUAAUGUGAUCAACAAACACGAGGACUAUUCCGGUCUAAUCACCAAAGAGUACGAUGAAGUCUCCAACGAUAUCAAUUGCGUGCAAGCAGUCAUUGAGAAGUAUUCAACGGAACUGGAAGAGUUGCGUUCCAAAAUCAAGCAGUAUACGCGAGACGAUCCGGCCAAGUCCGGCAAACCUGUUCCCCCUCAAGUUGUACUCCCGCACAGCCAAACCGACCCGACAACACAUGGACUGGUCAAGUUGCGAUUGCGUGCCCAUCUGCCCAACAGUCAAUUCACCCUGGUCGAGAUUCGGCCGGGACAACAGAUACGGCAUGUGCUCGGCAAAAAACUAUCGCAUCGAGGCUUGCAUUUGGAACAGCUAAUUGUGUACCGCGCACGUAGCGGAUUACCUGUCUCAUGGGAAGACGAUGCAGUGUCUAUUGCUCGCUUGGGGGAGGAAUUGGUGGUGGAUUUCGCGCGGCGUAACCUGAAACGAUCGGAGCAUCAGUUUCAACGAAAAACAUUUUUUGAGAAAGCGCGCUGCAAUCUGUGCCACAAAUUCAUUUUUCAUGGUGUGAUUUGCAAAUGCUGCGGUUCCAUGUAUCACCAACGGUGUGUAACCCGUGUGGAUAAAACCUGUCUACCAGUCCCAGAUGAUGAUGUGUUUUAUUCCAGCGAUCAACAAGGUGUACGACAUUGCCUCGGUUCCAGCAUCGGCCUGUCCCAGUUAGGUUCAAACUGGCUUUCACCGUCCAACGCCGCGAACACCCUACCCGGUGGACAUAUGCGGUAUCGCUAUACCCCAGGUGAUGCGACUAUGCGAUUACCUGCGAGCACUGGUGGCGGGAGUCAAUGGUUGGAUGCCGCUAUGGCAGCGACACAUGGCCACGGAAGCCUGAUCCCCACAGGGUUCGCUUCCCCGGGGGGACAUCCGGGCCGGCAAUAUUUGACACUGACCACACGCGAACGCUCAUCGUCUACGCCAAAUGUGUCCAAUAACAUGAUCAAUCCACUCUCUCAGUCCGUUGAUUCGCACAGUUCACGACCACGAGGUUCACAACCAGCCGUAAGACGGACCAUGUCCAGCAUUCUUCAUGCUUGUUUUACUCGACCACCCGGUAAACUUUGUUCUUGCGGUCCACCGCGCCGCAACGGUUCACUCAGAUCUCAUUCUCCUCGGUCUGCACCUCUUGGUUCGUUGGAUGAUCUACGACUGAGGCGGACAGAACCGUUUUCGACCCUCGGACACCGCGAUUCCCCUCGGGUUCGUUUUCAUCGUGUACGGCUAGAUCAGAACCGUAACUGCAAUCGACAACAUUCACCACGUUUUCCGAGCAAAGUAUAUAUGCAUCUGAAACCGGGUAGAUUUCCUCUAACGCACAUUGGAAUGUUGUAUUUCAGUGCGCCCGAUCUGGGUCCACGUAAUCGAAUGUACGUUANAGAUGUGCAUGUCCUAUCACCGAAAAAACAGUCAUGGCCGGAAACCAAUUCCUGUCAGACGUCGAAUUUGCGCUGGUAUGCACAGAAGUUCUCCACACGUCAAUCUCUGUCUCCAGCCCUACCGAAUGUUAGUCGAUUAUCACCUAUUUCUGUCAUCGCCUAUUCCGAAAUAAAGGUUCAUCCAAUACGAAGCCGUUCCGCUGUUUCUGAUCGAUUAGAUCUACCAGCUUGGUCAAAUGCCUGUCCACUUCAUUCGGCGAUGAAUAUAAGCAACCCUUGUCAUAAUUGCUCCUGGUGUCUUAAUCCAACCGUAUGCUAUCGACAACACAGUCCCAGACAUUCGACUGAAUUUGUUGAACCCUGUUUUACAGAAUCAGGGUUGCGGGUUGAUCAUUCCGCCAUUCGUUUGUCCGUUCCAUCGACCGGAUCGAUUCAUCGAUCAUGCUCGAGUCCGGAAAGGAAAACUCAGAAUUCAGCUAGACGUCCGCAGCACUUGGCCCUGACGGACCGGCUUACUCCUUGCGCUUAUUCAUUCUCAUUGCUGAAUACCCGACGGGCAAAUGAAUCUCGUAUCAGUGGCCUGACCUAUCGUCGUUGCGUAUUCAGUCCGGUGGAACAGAGCACCUUAGUGCCAAGGGAUACAAGCCGAUCCAAUUCCAGUCAUUCCAAGCGUGUCGACCCAACUUCCUGCAUAUUUCACGUUCUGGAUUCAUCUUCGUCGGGGCCUGAGCCUACACCACCGACUGGACCACCUGCGGGGUGUUCCCAUCUUCCCUAUCAUCCUAGUUUUGAACGUCCAAGUAUGAUCGAAUUACCCGUGCGUGACGGUCAUGUUGCUAUUCCUCGUCCGCCAAAUGUUUGCAAUACUCCAGGUCAUACCUGCGUGCAGAUGCUGGACAAUACACCAGUUCCAAUCUGUUGCACACCAACUUGUAGCCAAUCUCAUUUGCAUUUCCGUACACCCGGUUCUGAGUGUAGUAUGAAUGACGCUGCCGCUCAGCCAGGAGUGGAAUGUAAACAAGCUAUCAAACCGCGUACAGUAAGUCUUACCAUGUUCACAUUUUGUGGACCAUUAUAG